AUGGCCGCUGCGGCUGCCCGAGACGGGGUUCCUCCAAACGAACCCUCGUUGCUGCAUCUCAUCGCCCUCGUUGACAACGUGCCCGUGGACUUUGAGACCAACUGCGCGCCGUACUACCGCCUGCAGUUGGCUCCGGAUCCCAGAACCCAUGGCUACGUUCACCCCAAUACCGUCAAGUGGAUGCCGUGGCCGGCCUCCUUCACAAUCAACCACGACAGCCGACACGUCACUUUAUCCGCUCCCUCGCCAGAGACAUGCCUCUCCCUGUCCGCUCAUGCCAACGCCGCCUUCCAAGCCGCCGUGGACGCCGCCGUGGACGGCAACGUGUUCCCCAUGCUCAACGGCAUGCACAGCGAGCACUUCCUCCUCAUGGGCGCCAGGGAAUUCGUCCGGAUUGAGCGCUUCGCCGCGUCCCUGUUCGGAAUAGCCACCCGCGGAGCUCACUUGACAUGCUACGUCAGGGCCCCCGACGGUCUCAAGAUAUGGGUGGCGAAAAGGAGCCCCAAGCUAUUCACAUAUCCCGGCAUGCUGGACAGCACGGUGGCAGGCGGCGUCAAGGCGGACAACUCGCCACUGGACUGCAUCCUCGCCGAGGCCACGGAAGAGGCGUCACUGCCCGCGGACCUGGUCGCGCGAGAGGUCCGUAGCGUGGGCGUCGUCACCCUCGCGAACCGCAACCCACGCACAGAGCUGCACCACUCCGAGGUCCUCUACGUGUACGACAUGGAACUGGCAGAGCACCUUGUCCCGCGCCCUCAAGACGGCGAGGUGGAAGAAUUCGUGCUCAUGGGCUGCGCAGAGCUGCGGCAGAGGAUGCUGGCCGGCGAGUUCAAGCCCAACGUCUGUCCCGUCAUGAUCGACUUCUUGGUGAGGCAUGGCGAGGUCACGCCCCACGACGAAAGAGACUAUGUCGAGAUGUGCAGUCGUCUGAGGAGGAGGCUGCCCGUACCAACUGUUUCUGAUCAGCAUUGA